ACGAGACUCUAAUUUCUCAAAAGUGAAGGUUAGAUUUGAAGAAUUAAUAAAGGUAUUAUUCAUUCUUUUGUUUUUAAUUUUAAUGGCCAAUCUUACAAAACUAGAGUUCACUGCCCUUCAAAGUUCGGGCAGGAACUACCUCUCAUGGGUGUUGGAUGCUGAAAUCCACCUUGAUGCAAUGGGUCUUGGAGACACCAUAAAAGAAGAAAAUAAGGCAUCAAAUCAAAACUGUGCACGAGCAAUGAUAUUCUUGCGUCAUCAUCUUGACGAGAUUCUGAAAAUCGAAUAUCUGACAGUUAAGGAUCCACUUGUUUUGUGGAAAAACCUAAAAGAAAGAUUUGACCACUUGAAGAUGGUCAUACAUCCAAAGGCACGAUAUGAUUGGAUGCAUCUAAGGCUACAAGACUUUAAGUCUAUACAUGAGUAUAAUUCUGCCAUGUUCAGAAUCACUUCUCAAUUGAAAUUAUGUGGAGAAACGGUUAGUGAGAUUGAUAUGAUGGAAAAGACAUUCUCCACUUUCCAUGCCUCGAAUGUGCUCUUGCAGCAACAAUAUCGAGAGAAAGGUUUCAAAAAGUAUUCUGAACUAAUUUCUCAUCUUCUUGUGGCCGAGCAAAAUAAUGAUUUAUUAUUGAAAAAUCAUGAGAAUCGACCUACUGGAUCUGAACCACUUCCUGAAGUGAAUGAGGCGUACGCCCACCAUGCUAGGCGUGGAAAAGGUCGCGGUCCUAAUCGUGGACGUGGACGUGGUCGUGGACGUGGACGUGGUCGUGAUUAUGGUCAAGAACGUAAUUCUAAUCUUGGCAUUAAUCAUUCAUCAAAUAAAAAGGAAACAAUAAAUUAAGGCUCAAUUUCUAAUAUUUAAUCAUUAAUUUAUUCCUUUGAAUAUAUUGUACCCUUUUGACAACACUAAUAUUUAAUAUAUAUUUAUUUUGUGUAUGUCAUUUCAUGUGAAGAUAUGGAUAAUUCUAAGAACAUAUUAUCGAAAUAUGAA